AAGAGCAGGCUGAAGUGUUAAGAGUCGAUCAAAAGAGAACAAGGUAAAUCAAUCCAGUGCUGAGACAUCAGUCUACCAUAAGUUUCAGUGACAGUUUUCAAUCAACAAAAUGUCUUUGAAAGUAUGGUUUUUGUUCGUCUUCAUUAUUUCGUCUUCUUCGGGAUCGAGCAAUGAAGAAACACAAAAAAUCAAAGAAGAUGAACCUAAUAACAACAUUUCACACCAUAUAUUUAUAUGUUUGAAAGUGGUUUCUCGAGAAAAUUUCAAUAAAGGGAUGAGUCGUUUUAAAAAAGUUAUUGCUGAAGUUGCAACCAACUAUUGCAGAGAAACACUUGUGUUACAGAUUGACGAUUUAAAGGAAGAGAAUGUGUUUUUUGAUGAUAUUAGUACUUGCUCUGAAUCAGAGAAAUGUGUCACUGGCUCAUUGCAAAUCAAGAUACACAUUUUCCCCUUCUCAUUAAAUGAGAUACACCUCAACGAUAUUUGGAAUAAAGCCAAGAUUUCACCAGUGCUCAAGCAACUUGAAAUUGAGGAAUGUAAAGUACCGACUUCAUAUAAUGCUUUGAUAAUAACUCUAAUUGUGAUCAUUGUGGUCCUGGGCAUAGUGUUGGGAGUACUUUUAUAUCUAUCUUGGGACAGAGUACUGACUUGUUUCAGCUGCACCAAAGCCAAUAGUGAAUCAAAUAAAGCAACCACCGAUGAUAACAGCUGGACGUACAGAAAUAAUGAUGUUUAUGACUCUGCUUACAUACAACCGCCAGGAUACACUGCAUCGUGUCAAGAUGACCAGUCCUACUUGGAGCCAGUACAGAGAGAAAAUAAUCAAUAUAUAACAGUAUUGAGUGAAAGGGGAGGCCAGGACAAUCGAUGCUAUCAGCCGGACAACGGCCUCCACACUGACGCCAAGCAAACACAGCGAGCGGCUCGCACAUGGCAGGGGCAAGCCUCGGCAAAGGCACAUGACGAGAGUGACGAGUUCGAUUCUGGAGAAGAAUUUUCCUACCCAUCUCCACUUGUAGCGCCUCCUGUUCCUCCAAGGAACGAGAAUUCUGGAGACAGUAGAGGAUCAGGGUCCUUAGCCAGCCAAUCAACAGUGGAAACCGGCGUUGGUAGUAGCCUUCACUACCUGUCAUCACCAAUUCAACACUGACACUUCUAAUUAGAAUUUCCUGAUUACCAUCAAUUUUGUAUUACCUAACAUUUUUCAUAGAUUUCAAUUGUCAUGUAGAAGAUCCACUUAUUAAAUAAGAUUAAGUAUUUAUUAAGUACUUAUUAAAUAAGCAUAUUUCUAUCAAACUAAUUCAUUCAUUCGCGAAAAUUCUCAUUCAUGCAAUGAUUACUGUUGAUAACAGUAAUUGAAAUGUAACUCUGAAUUGCUGAUUUGCUGGAUCAGUCAUAUUACUAAUUCCUUCACAUUGCUUUCUUUUCAAAAGAAGAUGAAUAACAAUUUUCAAUUGUGAUUUCAUUACCCGAAUGCUCUUUUCUGAUCGUUUCACAUAAAGCUUUCAGCAGACAAAACAUACAUAUAUAUAAUAACUGAAGAAUAAUUUUUUACUGUUCAACUAAAUAUUAUCAACCAAGGAACCUAGAAUACAAAACCUAUAUUCUAAUUACAUUGAUAUCAACUAAUAGUUGAUAUGAGAAAAUGAAAUUGAUCUGUUGUGAUAGUGUCUUCAAAUAUUAUAUGUUAGAAUAAUGAGAAUGAAAGAAAUGCACAGUUAGUAAUAGAUUUAUUAUUCAAUCAAAGAUAAAUUAGCCUAUAAAUUGGAAUAAACUACAAACUAUUCAAUCCAAGGCAACUAGCAUCAAGGCAUGAUUUCAUUUCAAGUGAUCAACAUUUGAACGAGAUCAGUAACAUAAAAAAUGACUAGAUUUCUCCUAUAAGAACUACAUUUUUGCUGUUUCGUAAUAUUUAUAACAACUAUUCAAUCUCCUUGAUUAAAAUAAAAUAUGAUUGAUUAUAUUUGAAUCUUUUGAAGCCAUUUUACAGUAAAUGGGAAUUUAUUCAGCAAUAUACGUGUAUUUAUGCAUUGUAAUAAUCGAAGUAGGAAGAAACUGUUCAGCAAUAACUAUAAUAAUUGUUAUAAUACAGUAAUUUUUAUCGCUUAUUAAUUAUUAUUAAUUACUGUAGAAUUUAAUAUAUAUCACUGUAUUAUCCAUUGUAUGUUUAAUCAUGUGUUAAGAAUGCAAUUUUAGGAGCAUCAUUUAUGAUAAUUAUAUUAUUAUAUGCUAAAUUAUUAUUGGUGUUGGCAGUACGAUCAAACUUCUCAACUAUGUUCAACAAUAUGAGAGCAAGUAUACAAUACAUAGAAAUUAUGUUGAAGCUUGUUAUUGAGAACUUUUGUGAAAACAUCUUACAAGUUAUUAUUCUUACCUACAAUUAAUUAAAGAUUUCUGUAUGGAAAAGAUAUGUGUUGGGGAAAUAGUUAUAAAAGUUAAAAGUUAUAGCUGUGACGAUGCAACAUCCCACUACCUCCGUAAACUACGGAGGUAGUAACCAUCUACGUUUAACGCUGUUCUACGAGUAGGGCCUACAUGAUGAAUGUAUGAUCGCGUUUAUUAUGAUGUUUCAUUCCGGGUUGAAACCAACAGCUGAUCUAUCUCCGUUUAAACCGAGAUGAUGCAUUAGGCGAGUGAUUGGAAGACUUGAAUGACUUGUGGCCAUUCGGUGGCCGGCCACUGGCCGUUCGGUUGGACGUUGAAAGGACUCGAUUUCCAGUCCCAUUUUGUCACUGGAGUAAACCAAUCGGCACCGUAAUUGGCUUCUACAAACUUUUCUGUAUCACAUGGCACUUUCACUUUCAGGCUCUUGAACAACGUCCAGCAAAGCGCGAAGGGUGGGAAACUGUACCUGCAAACAAAAUUAUGUCCACUCUAAUCAUAUUACAAUGCUGUGGAACUCAGAAUUAUUGAUUUGGACUUAUUGAUUUACUCAAUGAAGUAAUUAUUGAAAUUGCACUUCUUAUUUGGAAACUUCUUAUGAGAAAUCAUUAAUAUGAUGCCACUCUAUGCAUUCAAGCCUAGUCUAUUCUAUCCUAUUUUAUGAGUCUAUUCAAGUUCUUUUAGAUUUUUGUGUUUUUUGAAUUAUUUGAUUAAACAAAUUAUUCAAA